AUUUAAACACCCUACAGCAGAGGAGUGAACGGGUCUGUCAUCUCACUGGUGGAUAACAACUAAAACGAGGAUUAAUAUCGCGACGCGUAGCCUACUAGCAAAGCAAAAAAGGGCAAAAUGACUGAGAUGCUGUCUUCAUCUCCAAAUGAGAAUACUCUAAGUGCCAGUGAACUGACUGAAUUCUUUGUCAUGUGGGAGGAAUUUAAUUUCACAGAUGCCAGUGACAACAGAACACUGGUGGAAACGUGCCCCACGUCCUUUAACCGAUCUGCUCUUCUCCAUGCUAUGUGCACCCUCUAUGCCUUCAUUUUUGUCGUGGGUCUAGCUGCCAAUGCGCUAGUGGUGUGGGUGAACUUGCGAUCACAGCGUCAUUACCAUGAAACACACUUGUAUAUCUUAAACCUGGCAGUGGCAGACCUGUGUGUGGUAGCUACUCUCCCUGUGUGGGUGAGCUCGUUGGCACAGGGUGGUCACUGGCCAUUUGGCCAGGUGGCUUGCAAGCUUACACAUCUUCUCUUCAGUGUCAACCUCUUUGCCAGCAUCUUUUUCUUGGCCUGCAUGAGCGUGGAUCGGUAUCUAUCGGUGGUAUGCUCAAGGGAGAUAUCUCACAGACGCAGACGACAAAUACGCUUUUUAGUGUGUGUUGUAAUGUGGCUGCUUGCGUUGUUUGCCUCUAUACCUGACACAUACUUCCUCGAGUCUGUAAAGUCAUUACACAGUCACAUGACCUUGUGCCGUCCUGUAUACCCAGAGGACAACCCUCUGCAGUGGAUGGUGGGCAUUCAAUUGAGUUUUGUGGUUCUAGGUUUUGCCAUUCCCUUCCCUGUUAUAGCAGUGUCUUACACAUUGCUGGCAAACACACUGACUUCCUCUUCCUUCUCCUCAAAUUCCCCUUUAAGUGCAGACCAGGAUCGUAGUGUGAGCAGGAAGGUCAUCCUCACGUACAUAGUAGUCUUCACAGCGUGCUGGGCACCAUAUCAUGCUGUACUCCUGGCCGACUCUCUGGCCAUGCUGGGAGUGCUUCCUCUAAGCUGCAGUGCAGAGAAUGCCCUGUUUGUGACACUGCAUCUUUCACAGUGCCUGUCACUGCUGCACUGCUGCGUGAAUCCAGUAGUCUACAGCUUUGCUCACCGCCACUACCGCUAUGACCUCAUGAAGGCCUUCAUCUUCAAAUAUUCCACCCGUACGGGGUUGACACAUCUAAUGGAGGGCUCUCAGGGCACUGAGACAGAGUAUGCAAUGGUGGAGAACACCCCUACAGCUGUAAACUAGAUCCCACAGGAAUUUCAUCCUCAACCAGAGCUCUGCACUGCUUCAAAACAUGACCUCACUUGACAUGUUCAGAUUUGAAUUUUCUAGAUAAGCAAAACUGAAUUAAAACAACAUGUUUUUCAUUGAACUAGCAAACGCUCAAUGGUGGCCCCAAAUACACUGAACACUCAUGAGCUUUUGGAAUCAUUCCAAAUACAUUUUGCAGAAAUGUACCAAAGACAGAUGGCUUCUUAUUGUAACUUAUGAACCAAUAGGCACUCAUCCAAACAAUAGAGUUCAAGCUGAAAUGUGUAAUUUUUGUGCCACUUGCACCACCAGAGGUAACUGAAAAAUGAAUAUUGUCUUCAAACAGCUUUCCGAACACACGUGAAGUCGGAAUGAUGUUUUCAAUAGUUUUGGUACCCUAGGAUCGGCAACUAUAUGCCGAUGCGCUGACAUACAGCAUACUUAUCAGACAUGUUUGCAGUUAAUGGUCUGCACUUAUAUAGCGCAUUUUUAACCUUAGAGGUAUUCAAAGCGCUUUACACUGUGACUCAUUCACCCAUUCAUACACCAAUGGCGGUAGAGCUGCCAUGCAAGGCACUAGCCUGCCAUUGGGAGCAACUUGGGGUUCAGUGUCUUGCCCAAGGACACUUCGGCAUGUGGAGUCAUGUGGGCCAGGAAUCAAACCACCAACCCUGCGAUUAGUGGCCAACCCGCUCUAGCACCCGAGCCACAGCCACCCUUAAUUUAGAAUAAUCCGGAUUCAUUAACAUUAGAACGUGGUUUCAAUGUGUUUACCUUUCGACCUGGCAUGAUUGGUAGCGUGUUGCAUGAUCUGUGUGGGAGACUAGGGUUCAAAGCCAGGCAGUAACCAUGUUUGAAAAGUCAAUGACAAGCAUGAUACGGAGGUUUCACUUUUCCCCCUAACAUUACUUUUGUACUCCACUAAUGGUUAAGGUAAGGUUUGGGUUUGAGUUGGGGGAUAGAAUCUAAAAAUAUAUUAUUUUCUCUUCAUUGUAUAAUGUCCUGUAAAGCUGAAAACAACUUGCUUCACUACUAGCUUUUGGCGACCUCUCCUGGACAUAAAUGGAGCUCACAUGUGACCAUAUGCCCUACAACACUUACUGCUUUUGCCACUAGGGGCAGUGUUUAGAAAUUUCAGUCAACGUAUACCGAUUUUGAAGAAAGAAAAUUCAAUCUACUCUUUCCUUUUGGUCAACGUAUACCAAUAUUGACAAAAGAAAAUUGGUCUACUCUUUCUGAUUUUACUGUGAGAUCAGGCUGGAAACACUGGGCCUUACUAAUAAUUGCGUGGAUUUUGCGUACUUAUGAGCACAGGAUUGGCUGGAGUCCAGGAUUGGCUGGAGUCAUAAGCAACCAAAUUGGCCCAGUUGCUAGGGAGGGUAGAGUUACAUGGGGUAACCCCCUCGUGGUCACUAUAAUGCGGUUCGCUCGCGGUGGGGUGCGGGGAGAAUUGCGUGAAGCCUCCACACAUAUCAUGCGAUGUCUCCACGGUAACAUGCUCAAAGAUCCUUUAAAUGGAAUGUUGAAAGAAUGUUUCAAAAAGAAGAAUUUUAAGUUAUUUAUAUUUGUUGCAUAGCUCAAGUUCUCUUUUUCUUAAGUGUGUUUAUUUAUAGAUGUGGCCUUCUUAGUAUUGAUUGAACUGUGUUCACUAUGUGUUUUGAACAGUCUGUGCCCACAUGUUCUGUUCUCUGCAACAGCUCAUUCCAACAUUUUUAAAGGAUGAGACAAUCAGAACAUUUUCAAUCUGGAUUUUCAAAGAUUGAGUGUUUAUGUAGAGUUGUUUCCAAUGUAUAUGUAUUUCUUUGUGUCUAUACUUCACUGUAGUUUUUGUUUUGUUGUGUAUAUAAUGUUUCACUACUGGCUGUAAUCUGUAACAGCUUCUUAUGUGUGUACUUGGAAGGGCAUUUACUUAAAGGUUACUGUAUCAUUAAUAGAUUGUGUGUAUAUUUAGAUUUUCUGUAAGGUAACUUAAAUAAAUUGUUAUAUUUAUCUUUAUUCUAUCAUACAUUUUGUUGUAGAGUUCUGAUUGAACAUUGUUCUGGAAAUAUAUAUUUUUUCUUUCAAAAAACCUUUUGAAUAACUCUUGUUUCUUAAACAUCAAGUGGCUCUUCUCUAAAUCCCUUUUCCUAAUUCUGUUGCCCAUAAAGCUGGAGUAUUUUAUCUCAUGGAAACUGCAUGGAUAGGAAUGUACUCACUAAGUUUUUUACACACUAAGUGCUUCAUAAAAACUUAAAGGUAAUGACUACAAUCUUGGAGAGGGUGGAUCUAAAUGCAGGAUUCUUAUAAUAAUAAACAAAUGAAGAUGAUACAACAAGGAAGGUUAUAACUGAGAUGAUAAUGUAGCAUCACACCACAGCCUUGAAGGGUGUUAGCAGGACAGCUAAUUCUGUACCCCUUAGUGGUCAGUUUCAAAACACAGUGUUGUGCCUCACAAUCCACGGCUGUUCAAAUGUUGCAUUGUUUUUCAAGGCUGCUGAUGGCUACAUAGUCUUAAAGCAUGGCUAGUGGCAAAAUAAAUGGUGCGAUUUUAUUUUCCUAAAGCCUCUAUUCAUCGUGUGUAUCUGAUGAAACCACAUUCAAGUUUGAUUGAUUAUGGCUUAUGACAAAGAAUACUCAUUAGUUCCAUAUGUUACAUAAUAUACAUAGGAACAUCAAAUAUAUUUUUUUCUCAAUGAAAAAUGUGUUCCCAUAAAUUGCAGUUUGGUUGAUAAAGUCAGUUUGACCAGU